AUGUUCACUCAAGUCAAUGGUCUGACGGUCCACCUAGCUGGUAGCAGAGCUUUCUUCGGCCAGGAUCAGGUCGGCUCGACUCAAGCACUUAUGAUGCCUUCCUCAUUACUCCAAACGGAUGACCUAUCUGAGGCCGCUGGUACCAUUACUGGACCGCACUACGCCCCAACGCAAAGUGCUUCCUCAUCCCGGCCUCUCUUGACUGUGCUGCAGCUUCCGGGUACGGCCCAACUCCUUCAACAGGGAAAAAGCGGGAUCCCGCAGCUGCCUGCUCCCACCCAGGCCAGUGGCUCAUUCUCGUCGCCUCGUGGCUACCGGCAUCUGAUGCUCUGCCAGUUGUAG